CCUAAACAUCGCGAUGCUACGAGAGUUGCAAGGAGCUUUUUUGGCGAGCACGCCAGUCAGAGGCAGAGCAGGCAGAGGUGCGCUGGACACCGCUGAGGCUCGCGCUGUUUGGCGACUUUAAUAUCUGUGACCAGACGGCUCAUCCGGACGCGAUGGUUCUGACCGCUUUGACCCAGUUCGGCUGCAAGGUGAAUGUUGAUGACACCAUUGAAAUGUUACCAAAAUCAAGAAGAGCUCUCACCAUUCAAGAGAUUGCUGCAUUAGCGCGAUCAUCCCUGCACGGUAUUUCCCAGGUAGUGAAGGACCAUGUGACGAAGCCUACAGCAAUGGCUCAGGGCAGAGUGGCCCACCUGAUAGAGUGGAAAGGCUGGUGCAAGCCUAUCGACACUCCAGCAGCCCUGGAAUCAGACUUCAACUCUUACUCCGACCUCACUGAGGGAGAACAGGAGGCACGCUUUGCUGCCGGUGUGGCGGAGCAGUUCGCUAUAGCAGAGGCUAAGCUGAGGGCCUGGUCCUCCGUGGACGGCGACGAGUCCAACGAUGACUCAUAUGACGAGGACUUUCUGCCUGCCAACGAGCCAACCACACAGAGCACAGAUGUGCCAUCAUAUCCUCCCUACUUGAAGGACCUGAUCCACAGCCAGCUCUGCCAGCACCUGGGCCUGCGAGGGCCCUGUUGCGAGGGUGGAGGAGGAGGUGGAGAGGGGGGUGGCAGUGGAGAGCCCUCCCCCACUGCGGGCUCCCCGGACACCCUGUGCUCCAGCCUCUGCAGCCUGGAUGAGCAGCACCCGCUGCUGCGCGACCUGGGCGGCCACCGCGGCACCCACUCCCACAGCAACGCCGCCGAGCUCGCCGCCAAGAUCCUGUCAGCGCUGCAGGGAGGGGAGGAGCUGCUGCUGGCCCGACUUCAGAGGGUGGGGCAGAGCGGGUCUGGCGGGGGAGACUGCGGGUUCCACAGCCUGGGCGGGGGAGGGCGGGGUAUCAGGCCCUGCAGGGGUCAGGACUCUCCUUGCUACUCCAUGUCUUACUCUGAGACAUACCUGUCACCCGGCGAGGAUGACGACAGCCCCUGCAAGGACUAUGGGAGCACUGUGUGCCAGGUGGAGGCGGAGGGCAACGGAGUGGAGUACCCACCCGACUACGACCCACGCAGGAGGGUCUCCGACGUGGCUUCCUCUGGGGUUGUGUCUCUGGAUGAGGAGGAUGAAGAUGAGGAGGAGAGGGCGGGAGAGCCAAACAACCAAUGA